AUGGCUGGAGGUAGUAGCAGUGGUCGGACACUGGAAGAAACACCAACAUGGGCUGUCGCCGUCGUCUGUUUCGUCUUGGUUUUGGUUUCUCUUAUUAUCGAACACAUCAUUCAUCUCAUUGGAAAGUGGUUGAAGAAGAAACACAAGCGAGCUCUCUAUGAAGCACUGGAAAAGAUCAAAUCUGAGCUUAUGCUGCUGGGUUUUUUAUCGUUGCUGCUAACGGUAUUACAAGGACCCAUUUCUGGGAUUUGUAUUUCACAGAGUGUGGGAGCUACUAUGCAUCCAUGUAGUAAGAAGCAAGAACAAACUAUUAGUACCAAUAAAGAGGAGGAGGAUAUUUCUGACGAACACCGCCGGAAACUUCUCUCCGCCUUUUCUUCUGAUUCUGCCACCACCACCAGUGUCCGCCGGAUAUUGGCCGCCGGAGGAAGUACUGAUAAAUGCGCAGCCAAGGGAGAAGUCUCUUUUGUUUCGUCUGAUGGAAUCCAUCAACUUCACAUCUUCAUAUUCGUGUUAGCUGUUUUCCAUGUCCUCUACUGUAUUACAACCAUGUUUUUGGGAAGACUUAAGAUGAGAAAGUGGAAGAAGUGGGAGAAGGAAACCAAGACAAUUGAAUACCAAUUCACAAAUGAUCCAGAGAGGUUCAGGUUUGCAAGGGAUACAUCUUUUGGUCGAAGACAUUUAAACUUCUGGAGCAAGCAGCCUAUUCUCAUCUGGGUCGUUUGUUUCUUCAGGCAGUUCGUUAGAUCGGUACCAAAGGUGGACUACCUGACCCUCAGACAUGGCUUUAUCAUGGCUCAUUUGGCCCCUCAAAGCCAUACCAAGUUUGAUUUUCAAAAAUACAUAAAUCGGUCGCUUGAGGAAGAUUUCAAGGUUGUUGUUGGUAUCAGCCCAGCAAUCUGGUUCGCUGCAGUGAUGUUCCUAUUAUUCAAUACCCAUGGAUGGUAUUCUUAUCUAUGGCUGCCCUUCAUCCCUUUAAUCAUCAUCCUCUUGGUGGGGACAAAGCUACAGGUGAUCAUAACAAAAAUGGGAUUGAGGAUACAAGAAAAGGGAGAAGUAGUAAAGGGUUUUCCCGUGGUUGAACCAGGUGAUGACCUCUUCUGGUUCAACAACCCUCGUCUCGUACUCUAUCUCAUCCAUUUUGUUCUCUUCCAGAAUGCGUUUCAGCUCGCCUUCUUCGCAUGGUCUGUGUAUGAAUUCGGAAUUAAGUCUUGCUUCCAUGAAAAAACUGAAGAUGUCGUCAUCCGAAUCUCAAUGGGGUAA